AUGUUCGAGCGCCGUGCCGCAGACCGUUACCGCCUCGGCCUCCACCGUGCUCGCUCCGUGGUUCUUACACCAGCUGAAUUAAUCGAAGUCCGCGCUGCUCAACGAACCUUCGAGGGCGCCUACAUUCGUACCUCCCUCUCGCAAUUCUCAUUCGCCCUCAUCAUUCUCAAGAUCUUUACUUCCGAGUUCUACAGCAUCGGUGCGCUAUUUGCCGUCUACGGUGCUGGCGUGUUGACCAUUGGCCUCUUCCAGCGCCAGCAGAGCAACAGGCAGUUCUUCAAUGAAGCGGAUGCCGAUGGUUUGAGGAGGCGUUGGUAUGCAGGCGGAAAUAUGCGUGGAUGUGGAGGAAUGCGGUGA